UAUAAUAACAGGACAAUGUAAAAACCCUUAUAUAGUAUCACAAAUCUGCAAUUAUCUCCAAGAGAUCUUCCAAUUAACCAACCAGUGAUCAAUUCCAUGGCAGACAUAGUUUCAAAAACAUUUGAUGAAAAUGAAGAUUUUCGCACUCUCAUAGUAUCAGAUGAUGAGUGCGCGGAGGAACUUCAACUCCAAGAGGUUCUUGCAGCCUCCUUAGGAAUUUUCCACCUUCACAUGUCAUCAGAAAUCCAAGAAUCCCCUGAAUCAUCCCAAAGUUCCUGUGACAUUUGUAUGGAGACAAAAGUUGCAAGCGAAAUGUUCAAACUCGAAAAUUGCUCUGAUCAUUCUUUCUGUUCUGAUUGCAUAGCCCAAUAUGCUCAGUCUAAAAUUCAAGACCACAUUUUCUCAGUAACUUGUCCAGGUUUGAAAUGUCGCGUGACAAUUGAACCUGCUUCUUGUAAAUCCAUCAUCCCGGAAAAUAUAUUUGAAAAAUGGGAAGGGGGAUUGAGUGAGUCAACUCUUCUUGAUUGCGAAAAGUUUUAUUGUCCUUAUAAAGAUUGUUCAGAGCUGCUGAUUUAUGAUCUAGAUCAGGACAUAGUUGAGUGUUUAUGUCCUGCAUGCCAAAGGCUGCUCUGCGCCCCGUGUGGUGUCCCUUGGCAUGUUGGGCUUGAUUGUGACAAUUUCCAAAAGGAUGAAAAAGAUAGAGAAGAUGAUUUGAAGGUUGAGGAACUUGCUAAUGACUCCAAAUGGAUGAGAUGCCCUCAUUGCAAACAUUUUGUGCAGAAGGCUGAUGGCUGUAUACACAUAACCUGCAGGUGUGGAACUGAAUUUUGCUAUGUAUGUGGAGGAACAUGGAGUGAAAGCCAUUGGAGUUGUCAGAUAAGUGAAUGAUACCAGAUUGCCUCUAAAGAACUGCUAUUUAUUUGCUGAAUAACUAGGUGGAUCGAAAAAAACAUGGCUAUGCUUAACAAUAAAACACUCUGUAAGGCCCACAUGCUCUUCUUGAUCUGGAGGUCAUGGGCUAAGUCGACCGUAAGGAGAGAGGUUCAAAAUGCCGCCUAAAAAGGAGAGAAGAAAUGACUCUUAUCUAUCUUAUCUUCUGAGAUGAAUAUCCAAAAAGAAUAAUUCCUUCUUUUCGGACGGGCAACUGAUAUCAGAUGCUGGAUGUUUGUUGUCCACUAGACUUUUUAUGUUUGUUUGUUUGUUUGUUUGUUUGGUAUGAUGUAUGUAGUUCAUUCAGUAUUGGGAAUUGGACCUUGAAUUGGAUAUCAAAAAGGAAAAUGAUUCAGCAUAA